AGUUUUUCUCCGACAAAUCUGCUCCCCUCUCAGACGCACCCUAAACCAGCACUCUUUCUCUUCUCUCAAAAACUACUGUAAGAAUGCUCCCUUUCCAAGCAGCGCCAGGCCAGUUUGGGCCCGAGGUGAAUGAACCAGGCCUGAAAUGUUGGCGCGUGGAGAAGAUGAAGGCCGUUCCGCUAGAACCGGCCGAGUUUGGUGCCUUCUUCAACGGAGACUCCUACCUGGUUUUGGAGCACCGGGGAGACCAGGGGGCAGACCUCCACAUGUGGAUAGGUGAGAAGUCGUCUCGUGAUGAGCAGGUAGCCUGCGCCAUGUUGGCUACGCAGCUGGACAACUUCCUGGGCGGAGACCCGGUCCAGCACAGACACGUCCAGGGCUACGAGUCGCCAGAGUUCAUGAAUCUCUUCCCCCGAGGAGUCAGCUAUAAGGAAGGAGGAGUAGAGUCUGGGUUCAGGAGAGCCCAGUCGGGUUCGGGUCCUAUCCAGAGGUUGUACCAGAUCAAAGGCAAGCGGAACAUCCGGGCCAAAGAGGUAGACCUGAGCUGGCACAGCUUCAACAAAGGGGACUGCUUCAUCCUGGACCUGGGGAAUACCAUUGUGUCCUGGAUUGGCUCGCAGGCCAACAUCUUUGAAAAGCAGAAAGUGCGAGAGAUCGCCACGCUGAUCCGGGACACGGAGAGACACGGCAAAGCCCAGAUCACCAACGUCACAGAAGGAGAAGAGCCGCCCGAGAUGAUGCAGGUGCUGGGCCCAGUGCCAGAGUUAAAAGAGAGCACACCAGAAGAGGACAGCAAAGCUGAUGCCUCUAACUCCGCCUCCCUCUACAAGGUGUCUGAUGCAACAGGAUCGAUGAAGCUCUCUAAAGUGUCAGAGAAAAGCCCGUUUGCCAAGGACCUCCUGGUGCGCGAUGACUGCUUUAUUCUUGACAAUGGAGCCAAUGGGAAAAUUUUUGUGUGGAAAGGAAUGGGAGCCAAUGCUGAGGAGAAGCGGGAAGCUCUAAAGAUGGCUGAUGAUUUCAUUCAGCAAAUGAACUACCAAAGAAUGAAAACUCAGGUGGAGAUCCUUCCCCAGGGCAGAGAGACUGUCAUCUUCAAGCAAUUCUUUCAGAACUGGAACUAAAGUGCCCCGGCAAUCCAAGCAUAUGUUGCACUCGCUCAAAAUGUUGAAUCAAUGUUAAAAUAAUAAUAAUACCAGUAUCUCUGCCGUCACCACUGGUAUAAUGAGUAAAUUGUAAGUGUCAGCAAUGAAAGGCCCAAAUGUAUUUUGGGUUUGUAAUAGGCCUAUAUGUAUAUAUUGAGAAGGAACAGAGAGAACAAUUAUGUGACCGUGUGGGCAAUUGUUACAUUGCUGAGGUUCACUGCAGUAAAGGGCCAGAUGAGCUACACUGGUGUGUGUACGCCAUAGUAACACAAGACAGCGACUCAACUGCUUGACUCAGUUCAACUGCCACUUGCUUUCACAAUUAUCGAUUAAGGUUGUUGUUUUACUGCAUUAAAGCCAAUAAUGUUUCACACA